CGUAUAAUAUAAAGUAGUGGCUACGCAAAGAUUGGUAAGAGAUGAAUUGAAUGAAUGGAAACAAGCAUUGACAUUUUCAUAUCUUAGGAUGUUUACAUACAUGUUAUAAAGAGUAAUAUAUGGUUUGGAGUAUUUACCUGAAACAGAAAAUUCGAGAUUCAAAGAAACAGAUCGAGUAAGCAAAUAGAAGCGAAAUGACAAGUUCUUAAACUAAUAUGGGACGCAGGAGUAUAUUUUAACCGUCAUUAUGAACGUCCAGCAUCACAUCAGUGGCAGAAUUGCGAACUGUGGCACGAAAGGAAUAUUGAAGAACGCGUGACUAUGUGAACUUUGAACUGUUUUAUUUUAAAUAUGUUUAAGAAAUGAUUUGAGGGUUUACACUCAGCUCUAAUGAGAACAUUAAAAAACAUAUUCAGUUCAGGAAACAGUACUUUGUUAACCCUGUAAGAAGAAUAUUUCCAUAUAAACAGACAUGCAAAGAAUUUUUUAUAAACUAAUAUGCAUGGAAGUUCGAUUUUAAUACUGACAAAUGUCUCCAAUGCCAUGCAUUAUAUUCUGACAUAUCUAAUAUCGGACUAGCGCGUAACAGUAUUUCAUAUAAGCUCAAUUUAUUUGAAACGAUUAUCGAUUAGUUUUGGUUGUGAAGCAUUACGAUUUAUCAUGGCAAAGGAAUAUAAUAGUUCGGAGUGGGGAAGUUCAGAAGUCACGAACGUAACAAUUACAAAUGGAACCGAUGCAAAUGGAACGACAAAAAAUCCAUCAUGCGACCUAAACGAUUACUGUGAGACAAUGGAGGAAUACAUGGAUCGUCUCCAUGACUUUAUAUACCCCAAACCAAGCGAAUGGGUUCUCAUUGUAGCUUAUGCGUUGACAUUCUUUGUUGGUCUUAUAGGCAAUUUUCUAGUGUGCUUUGCUAUAUGGAGAAAUAAGAACAUGCGGACUGUAACAAAUAUGUUCAUAGUGAAUCUUUCAGUAGCUGAUCUAGCAGUUAUAAUUCUUUGUCUUCCAUCCGCUCUACUGAUAGAUGUCACUCAGACUUGGUUUUUAGGAACUACCUUGUGUAAAAUUCAUCUUUUUCUACAGUCACUGGGUAUAUCCGUUUCUGUUCUGACGCUCAGUUCUAUAUCUGUAGAACGGUGGUAUGCCAUAUGCCAUCCGCUUCGAUUUCACAGCACCGUUGGAAGAGCACGUGCAAUAAUUAUCAUUAUAUGGACAGUGUCAAUUUUACUUGCCUUACCAGAACUCAUAUUUUCAACAGUGGUACCCUUGCAUCCAGCAACGGUCCUAGUAUCAACUUGCUCGCCAUCAUUAUGGAAUGAAGAAGAUCAAGCAAUAUAUCAAGUAUUUUUAAUGAUAGCAAUGUACUUUAUACCUUUGUGUUUGAUGGGGUUCGCAUACAUGCAGAUAGCUUUAGUGUUGUGGAGAGGUCACAUUCCUGGUGCUUCUACAUCCCGCAGUGCCCGGAGUCGGCAGCCAAUGCUGAACAACCGACAUCACCGGGAAUCGACUGAUAACGAGGACCAAAUGGACUGUAGAAGAAAGGCCGCCAAAAUGUUGGUGGCCGUUGUUGUAAUGUUUGGUUUAUGUUUCUUCCCAAUACACCUUUUUAACAUAUUCAGAUACACUGGUGUUCUUCAAAAGAUAGGGCAAUCUGAGUCAACCAUAUUUGCAUUAAUUGCACACUGGGCAGCAUUUUUCAACAGCUGUAUCAACCCAGUCAUAUACAACUUCAUGAGUGAAAAAUUCCGUAAAGAGUUUAAAGUUGCCGUGUUAGCGUGCGUUAGUUGCGGACGGAAAAUGGGGCAAUGGAAUCGAAAUGAUGCUUACAGAGUGACAUUCAACAGUGGUCGAACUAUAAGCGUCCGUUACAGCAAUCACACACACCUACCAAUGCAAAACUGUGUAUAAAAUACAUUGAAACAAGUGAACAUUUCAGACAUCAAUAAUUCAUUUGUUGUUUUCGUAAUUAUCAAGAGAGUGUUACUAAUGAUCUGUUGAAACGGUGACAAAUAUAAAUCAAAAGUUAUCUGUAACAAUAUAGCGACUUCAUCACCAACAUAUUUCAAAUGUCGCACACAUUGAAUAUCAUAAUUUAAAGCUGCUUUGACAGAAACAAUAUUAUAUCUGACUUAGAAUUUCGUUCAAAGGCUUAAUGUUCUGAAAGGCUAAGAGAACAUCCUUAGAUAUUUUCAGUGUGACGAAAGCAUUUUUAUUCUGUGCAGAUAGAAUUACAUGUUAGUUACAUGUUUUCAUUUCCUUGUUGUUAUGCUGUGUAAAUUAUUACUCAGUCUGUCAAAAACUUAAAUAUUUACACUACGUCCGUCUAACUUGUAUUUGGAUAGCUGGGAAGAUUGAAGUGUUUGAUUUCGGGUCUAAAACCUGAAGUUAGGUCAUAUUAUAAAUAAGUCUGAAUCUUAUGUAUGUUUUUUGUGUUUACAUUUAAUCAGAGAAACUUUUAAUUUACCAGUGAAAUAAAAUUGUUGCUUAC